GCGGACAGGAAGAGGCUGGCAUCGAGUAUGGAGUGAAUUCAAGAUGUGGUUCCCUUCCUAUGGAUUCACCAACUCUCUUUCCAUGUGGAGGUGAUCACACCCCCAGCCCGAUAGCCAGCCGGGUCCCUGUCUCCGUGUCACCUCUCCUUACAUAUGAUGCCAACCUGACAGCAGUAACAGCCCUAGCCAUAGACUCUAACACUGUUGUCUUUCUUGGAGAUGCUUUGGGAUAUAUCCACAAGGUAUUUGUGUCAUCCGGAUCUGGACAGAACUACAGCGCUCUGACUCUGGCUCCUGGGUCUCCUGUCAGUCCUGACCUCAUAUUGGAUAAAGAAGAGAAGAACUUGUAUGUAAUGACUGAGUUUCAGGUUUCCAAGCUUCCAGUUGCAGAAUGUUCUCACUCAUCUACAUGUGAUGAAUGUGUACGCGCUAAAGACCCUUUCUGUGGAUGGUGUGUACUGCAAGGAAGGUGCACAGAGAAGCAACAAUGUGAGAACAGCGAUAAGAAUAACCAUUGGCUGUGGAGCUUUGAUGAUCAGAUUCACUGUGUGACCAUCCAGGAUCUCUCACCAGCCAAUCAGAGUCGGCAGCAGCAGACGGAGAUUUCCAUGACAGUUAUGCAGCUUCCAGCCAUCGCAGAAGAAGACAGUUGGAAAUGUGUCUUUAAUGCGUCAUCCAGUACUGCCCGGGUGUAUAGCAACCAGGUCAUAUGCAGUUCUCCACCCCCAAAAGAGCUGCCGUCCAAUCCUCCAGGGAAAGAUCACGUAAUUGUGCGGCUAGAAUUGGUGUUCCGUGAUAUUACCAUUGCUGUGACCGACUUCAUCUUCUAUGAUUGCUCAGCUGUAAUGGAUUUGGCAGUCUCUAACCCGUGCGGUGGGUGUGUGAGCAGUCCUUGGAGGUGUCACUGGUGUCUAUCGGAGCAUGUGUGUACCCACAACGCAGAGUGCAGCCAGACUCUCAUCUACAGCCAAAAUGAUGAAGAUAAGGAGCUGUCGGGUCCAGAUAAUUGCCCGAGAAUAGAGAGGGUUGAGGGGUCCCGUCUGAUUCCUGUUGGCUUGGAAAGAGAAUUGGACCUUAUUGGACGGAAUCUCAAUCUUCUCAAUGGCGGGGUUCUGGAGUACAGCUGUAUCAUAGAGGUGGAGGGUUCCCCCAUCACUCUGCGAGCACAGGUGGAGAAAAUGUCUGGAGAAGAGGACCUGUAUUCAGUGCAUUGUGAGACCUACAAGUACGAAUACCCUCUGAAUACGUUUGAGCAUCCAGUUACUGUGUAUGUGAAGAAGGGGGAUGUAUACCGAGUAGACAAUAAGGAUGAUAUAAAGGUGACGUUGUAUAGCUGCUCCGUUGGACAAUCAGACUGCAGUCGUUGCCAGGCCUUGGACCCCGAGUACAUGUGCCUGUGGUGUGGUCAGGAAGAGGAAGCCUCAUGUGUACAUAAGGAACAGUGUGACCAGUCCACCAUCAAUGUUUGUCCCACGCCGCAUAUCUACUCAUUUUUCCCAUCCACUGGGAUUAUUGAUGGAGGAGCAAUCAUAACGAUUAAUGGCCGGAACAUGGGCCAGAAAGCAGAGGACAUAUCAGUGACUGUUUGUGACCAGCCGUGCACGGUUUUGCCUGAGUUGUAUGUCGUCUCUAACAGAAUUGUGUGCAGUCUAUUGGCCAGUGCAGGUGUGGAGUCUGGCAAUGUAAAAGUCUCUGUAAAUGGCCGUGAACCCGGAAUAUCCACCCAGCUUUUCUAUUACCAGGACCCCCAGUUUUAUUCUCUGACGCCGGUGAAAGGUCCAAUGGCUGGAGGAACCAAGAUAACCAUCUCUGGAACCAAGCUGUCAACUGGAGAUCGGAUUACAGUGACUGUGGGAGGCUUGCCAUGUGAAGUAUUAGAGAAUGUGACAGAUGGUCAGAUAUGUUGCAUUACUAGCCCUAGUUCUGUCCAGGAGGAGGCGCCAGUUCUUGUGUCCUAUGGUGGGGUAAAAAGAAGUCUGGAGGGAACAUUGUACAACUACACAGAAAAUCCCACCAUCUCCUCUGUUUCCCCAUCUAGAGCUUUCCGUGGUGGUGGGAGACAUAUUACUGUCACUGGUUCAAAUCUGGAUGUGGUGCAGGCUCCACAUAUGACUGCCGUGAUCAAGUCUUCUUCAGAAGAGCUUCAGAAUGGAGAAAGUAAUCGCAGAAGGAAGAGGAGGAGAAGAAGAAGAGAACUAGGGCACAGUAUUGUGCAAGAGAUUAGUGAACAGUGCCAUCACAACUCCUCCACAGCCAUGCAGUGUCUUUCCCCUGCCAUUCCUGAAGACGCCAUCAUCGUUGAUGUGCUGUUUGUCCUGGACAACAUUCAUAUUCCAUUCAGCAGUCUCGGGGAGAAUUUCACCUACAUAAAGAACCCAACUCUCAAACCUCUAAAUAAAGACAACCCCAGUAAACCUUAUAGCCUGAAGCCCGGGAACGUGCUGGAUAUAGAGGGAGAAGACUUGGACUUUGGGAUUGAUAAAGAAGAAGUUCGAGCAAUGAUUGGGAAUGGCAUCUGCACAGUGAAAACUCUCACCCAUAACCACUUGUACUGCGAGCCUCCACUUACUGCGCCCCAGCCGCUGGAUGGAAGUGCCCCUUUGCCUGAAUUUGUGAUUCACAUGGGGAAUCUUCGCUUCAACCUUGGGCAAGUGAAAUACGAUGUAGAGGGCCAAUCUAGUUUUCCAAAGGAGGCCAAGAUUGGACUAGGAGUUGGUGCAGCUUUGCUUGUUCCUGUUGUCUUAAUAAUAAUUUUCAUGUACAGGAGGCAGAGUAAGAUGGCAAUGAGGGAUUAUAAGAAAGUUCUUGUCCAACUGGAGAACCUAGAGACCAGCGUGGGAGAUCAGUGCCGCAAAGAAUUCACUGAUCUUAUGACGGAAAUGAUGGACCUCACUAGUGAUAUUGAAGGCUCUGGCAUUCCCUACCGAGACUACGAUAGCUAUACUGAAAAGAUAUUCUUCCCUGGUGAUACCGUUUCCCCUUUACAGAAGAAUUUGGACGUUCCAGAGAACAGGAGGACCACUGUGGAACAAGGCCUGAACCAGCUCUCCAACCUUCUCAAUAACAAGCUAGCUUUUCCUCACCAAGCUCAUCGAGACGUUGGAUGCCCAGUCCACGUUGUCACAGCGCGAUCGUUGUCAUGCCGCAUCUUUACUUACUGUGGCACUACAUGGCAAGCUGGAGUAUCUCACCGAUGUCAUGAAGACUCUUCUGUCUGAAUUGAUAGACCAGUGUGUGGCCAAGAACCCAAAACUGCUUCUUCGCAGGACAGAAACCAUAGUGGAGAAGCUGCUGACCAACUGGAUGUCCAUUUGUCUGCACUCUUUUCUUCGGGAGGCAGCAGCAGAGCCCCUUUACAUGCUGUACAGUGCCAUAAAGUACCAGGUGGAUAAGGGCCCAGUGGAUGCUGUAACGGGGAAAGCAAAGCGCACUCUGAAUGAUGGACGUCUUCUACGGGAGGACAUUGAGUACCGGCCGAUGACCCUCACUGUUAUAGUGAAGAAUGGGAUGGAAGUGCAAAGGGUGCCAGUCAGAGUACUGGACACCGACACCAUCACUCAAGUUAAAGGGAAAAUCCUGAAUCAUGUGUACAAAGGAACCCCCUUCUCCCAUCGGCCUGCAGCACAUACACUUGAUCUGGAGUGGCGUGCUGGUCAAGCUGGCCAUUUGACUCUAUCUGAUGAGGACCUGACGUCACAAGUUCAGGACCAGUGGAAGAGGUUAAAUACUCUGCAUCAUUAUAAGGUUCCUGAUCUUGCAACUGUGGCUUUGAUACCACGAUUACAUAAUAACCAAUGUGAAACGCCAAACAACAGUUUCCUGAGUGGAGAAAAAACCCCAAUGUUGGAAGAUGGAGAGGAAGGUGGCAUUAGAAUGUGGCACCUGGUGAAGUCCAUGGAAGAACCAGAACCAUGCAGGAGGCGCAGCAGUUUGCGAGAGAGAGAGCGUGCCAAAGCCAUUCCUGAGAUCUACCUGACACGUUUACUCUCUAUGAAGGGUACUCUCCAGAAAUUUGUGGAUGACACAUUCCAAGCCAUGUUGGGGGUCAACCGACCUGUACCUAUCGCCAUCAAAUAUAUCUUUGACUUCCUAGAUGACAUGGCAGAGAAACAUGAGAUUGAGGAUGCUGAGACAGUCCACAUAUGGAAGACACACAGGUGUGUGUUUAGUUGGCUCCUUGAACCCUCCUUUUUACACUUUGUUAUCCUCAUGGCGUUUGCUUAA